CAAAUAAAUAGUAGUUUUGAUUUCCUUCUCAUUUAGUAUUGAUAUCAGUACCAAGAUACUAUAAUAUCGAUAGUGAUAUGCUGCUAGCUGUUCGCCGUAGCUUCCUGGCGUUGGGACCUUCGCUGUCACGUCGCCCACUAGCCUCCUUCGGUCUCCGCUCCAUGAGCUCCGACGAACGUGCCAAGGCUGAUGCCGCGGCCGCCUCGGGCGCUGCCACUGCCGUGGGUGAGACCAUCUUCGACAAGAUCAUCAACGGGCAAAUCCCCGCCAAGAUCGCGUAUGAGGACGAGCAGUGUCUGGCAUUUCACGAUGUGAACCCGCAGGCGCCCGUGCACAUUCUGCUUAUUCCCAAGAAGCGCGAUGGACUUACCCAGCUCUCGCAUGCCGAGGAGCGCCACGAAGCCAUCCUGGGCCAUCUGCUCUACGCAGCCAAGCUGGUCGCUAAGCAGCAGAACUUGGACAAGGGUUUCCGCAUGGUCAUCAACGACGGAGAGGACGGCUGCCAGUCAGUCUUCCACCUGCAUCUUCAUCUCCUUGGAGGACGUAAGUUGGGUUGGCCCCCUGGAUAAAGGGCAGACUGGCGUGUAGCGCUCCUGAAGAAAAAAAAGAGAGGAAGGGCAUUAAGAAUUGCGUUGCAAAUUAAUGCAAAGCAGUCAAUGUGUUGUGGUAAAAGGCAAAACUGGUUGACAAUCGUGGUCUA